UCAUCAGAAGGUAGUAGUCGAUCGAGACCCAACAUGUCAGUAACCAAGUUCUGGGAUGCUGUAUCUGCUAACACUCAUUCAACUUCCCAAGGUAGUCCUACUAUCAAACAAGAUCCACGAAGGCGACGACCACGGCCUUGGUGGGUUAUAAUAUCCUUCUUGAGACUGUGUAUAGAGGCGUGUCGAUGGUUAAUCAUUCCUCUAUUGGGGUUAGCACCAAUACUAAUGAGGCCCUUUACUCUCCCAGCCCUUAUAGUAUGUCUAGUUUUAGCUACUUAUUUGGUGGUUACUGGUGAUAGAUAUCGUCCUAAUGGUAAAGCUACACCAGGUAUAGAGGGCCACACUGAAGGCACCCAGUUUGGUAAACUAAUAGAAGAGCUGCUAGAGUCUAGAGCAAGAGCCUUCAAGCCAACACCAUAUGCUGCUAUCAAUGGUCAUCUGGCUACUGCUAUACCUUAUCUUACUUAUCGUUAUAAGAAGCCUAAUCUCAAGAGGAGAUGGAUGUACACUAUCGAUGGACAAUCUGUGGCAUUAGAUUGGUGUCUUCCUCCUCCUACAGGCAAUGUAAAGGGUAUAGUCAUUGUUUUAGCUGGUAUUAAUGGUAGCUCUACAGAGAGUUAUGUAUGUGAUCUCAUAGAGAAGGCCACCUCCCAAGGGUAUGCUGUAUGUUGUUUGAUAAGUAGAGGGGCGUGUGGUACGACAGUGGUAGGUGGACCUGAGGAAGAGCCUUGUGGAUCUAGGGUUAGUGAUGUUGAACAAGUUAUCAAUAUAUGUCAUGAUGUUGUUACUGGUAGUAGUAGUAGUC